AUAAUUAAUUUGUUGUGUUCCUAAGCAAGUCCAUAACUCAGCCUCCUAUUUAAAGAAGGUAGCAAUUCAGUGAGUUGUAAGUCUUGUGACACUAAACUAUCACUCAUAACUAAGUUUACUAUUCAUUUUGUACAUCAUCAACGCCUCAACACAUUUCGGUGACAGAACGGUAGAAAUGGAACGGAAAACAGUGAAGAGUUUUGUGGUGGUAGCGAUAUCAAUAUGGGUGAUACUAGUUGAAGCAAUUAUAACAGCGUCAGGUCUAGAUUUGGACGUAGGAAUUGCUACAAAAACAACCUACUCCAAACUGUUAACCGACAUUCGUGAUAAUGUCAAGGAUCCGAAACUUAAGUAUGGAGGUACCAACAUACCAGUAAUGGCAAAAGAAGGAACAUCCAAGUUACUUUUGAUUGAUCUCAAGUCAUCAGAUGGAAAGACAAUCACGAUAGGUAUCAGUAAAGAAGAUAAGUUCAAUUUAUACGUACAAGGCUAUCUUGAUAAAGUUGUAGAAAAUAAUAGAGAGGUUUUUAGAGCACAUAUAUUUCCUGAUGCUUCUGCAUAUGCGAAAGCGAAUAUGUUUAUUCAACAGGUGCCUAUAGGUAAUAAAUAUCGUCUACCAAUGAAAUACAAGAGUACAUAUGGUGAUAUUGAGAAAAAUGGUGGCAGUAGAACCAAACUGGGAUUGGGUGUUAAACAACUUAACAAGUUUAUCAACAAUGUUUAUGGGAAGCCAUUUGAUGCUAAGACAGAAGCUCAGUUUAUGCUUAUUGUUAUUCAAACGAUAGCAGAGGCAACACGAUUCAAGUAUAUUGAGAACAUGAUUCUGGCUAAGUUUGAUUCAUUUGAGAAUAAGCCCGACCCUAAAACGAUUGAAUUGGAAGUGAGUUGGCAGAAGAUCACGAAAGGAAUUAAGAGCUCUAAUGCGGAAGGGGAGAUUAAGCCAGAGCUAAUUUUAAAGGAUGCGAAGGGUAAAACUUGGAAAGUGAACAAAGUCAGUCAAAUUGCUCCAGACAUGGGUCUUCUCAAAUACGAGGGCUGAAAUACGAAGGCAAGUAAGCCUUGUACGGAGUAUAUGUAUGUUUUAUUGUUAGUAAUUGUGUAUGAAUAAGGCAGCAAUAAUGUAUUAUAACUCUUAUUAAUUGCUGCAUGUUGUAUGUAUUUGAUUCCAUAAUUAAUGAAAGCAAAUUUCUUAUUGAUA